AUGUCAACCACUAUUGAUGUCCCAGAAUCCAGCAAUGUUGCUAAAAGCAAAGCUGUAUUAGUUGCACCACCAAGGCCAGGAGGGUGGAAGAAAGGGGUAGCUAUAAUGGACUUCAUUCUAAGGUUAGGUGCCAUAGCAGCUUCUCUUGGUGCUGCAGCCACUAUGGGAACAAGUGAUCAAACACUCCCUUUCUUCACUCAGUUCUUUCAGUUUGAAGCUAGUUAUGAUAGUUUCACUACUUUUCAGUUUUUUGUUAUUAUAAUGGCACUCGUGGCUGGCUAUCUGGUCCUGUCACUACCUUUCUCCGUAGUAGCCAUCAUACGCCCUCAUGCAGUUGGACCAAGGCUUUUCCUCAUCAUCCUAGACACAGUGUUUCUGACUUUGGCCACAGCUAGUGGUGCUUCAGCUGCUGCCAUCGUUUACUUGGCACACAACGGGAAUCAAGACUCGAACUGGCUUGCCAUCUGCAACCAGUUUGGAGAUUUUUGUGCGCAAACCAGUGGAGCUGUGGUUUCAUCUUUCGUUGCUGUGGUUAUCCUUGUGUUGCUCGUUGUUAUGUCUGCUUUGGCCCUUAGAAGACAUUAA